AUGACCUCCUCUUCAACGCCAUACCAAGCAUUUGCAAGAGUCUUGUCGACAUAUCACGAUCAAUACUCUGAAGCUGGACCAUCUUCCUCUUCGUUAGAUUCGCCAAUACGUUACGAUGCUGUAUUAGAUGAGCAAGGUGGUCUGAUAAGAGCUCUACAGGGUGCCUUGGAAGAGACAAUCAAAUCAAAAACACCGACAAGCAAUUCGUUCGAUAUCGAUGGGGAUGAACAAAUUACGGUGGAGGAGCAUCAAGCCCUAUUGUCAGAACACAGAACAUGGCAAUUAAUCAGAGCGGUAUAUGAAAAUCGGCUGCAUCGUUCGCACCCGGACUUCAUAGCUGGUUCGUCGAAACAGCAGAUAUCGGAAAACCCUUAUGCGAGUCCAGAAGAUAUAACGCAGACUUUGGUCAAUGAGGAUUCUGAAUUAUCAUUAUGGGCUACUUUGGUGGAUCAUCUUCAAUCUCGGCCAUUCCUUUCCUCCCCACCGCCUUUAGAGGCAAGACAUGGAUAUCUACCGUCCACUCUUCGUCGCGCCAAGGCGACUAGGCCAGUUCCUGCUGUUGGAGCAGCUCCACCCACGCCCCCUUCUUUAGAUCCUGAUUUUACAGUUCGUGAUCCUCAUGGCCCAGGUUUAGCAGGAGAAGAUCAGACUUAUCAAACUCCAUUAUUGGAGACACUGUUGGAUCUUGUGAGACAUGGUGAAUUGGACCAAGCUAUAAAAGUCUGUGAACAAGGCGGUGAGCCAUGGAGAGGUGCUUCGUUGAUGGGUGGAAGAAGGUGGACUAUGGGUGGAAUGACAAAAGAAAAUAUAGCUUUCAGUGCAAUGGAAGGUAAUAGACGUAGAGCUCUAUGGAAGAAAUCCUGUAGAGCCAUCGCUAAAAAUCCAACCUUAUCUCCAGCUGAAAGGCAUUUGUAUGCGGCGAUUGUAUCUGAUCUUCCAACACUCUUGCCUUCGUGUGAGAGCUGGGAAGAUCAUCUUUGGGCUCAUAUCCAGCAUCGUAUAGAAAAUAGAUUAGAACAACGUUGGCAUGAAUUAGAAGGAUACUGGGAGGAAGAGAGUUCAUAUCUUGGGAGAGACGAUGAAGAUGUGGAGGUCGCUCAUGGGGGACUAGAAGAAGUCUUCAAGAGUAUGCAGGGAGUGCAGAAACUUGGUGUUUCUACUGCAAUGUCCGAUCCCUAUCAUGUAGCCCAACGAAUGAUCAUUCUUGGUCGUACAGAGGCUCUUUUCGAUCAAUUUGCAGGUCAAAUCCAAAAAUUAGAAGCUAGCGUGUCACCAGAACUUAUCGGUCCCUUAAUUCGAUUCUUUGCGCAUCUAGUUUUGACCCUUCGUACGCUUGGCGUGCCGGUCCCCGACUUAGCAGCAAAUGCUAUUAUCCAGGCUUAUCUUACCAUUUUGGAAAGAGAGGGAAAUGAUGCACUGGUUGCAAUGUACGCUGCAUGUCUAAGGGAAGGUAGCGGUGAGGAGAGUUAUGCAAGAUUCCUACGAUCAAUGGACCCUAAUGCUACAAGAGAACAGAGGCUAGAAGCACUUUCCAGAGCUAAGCAACAUAAUCUGGACGUGGCUAUAAUAGCUAAAGAGACAGUUAGAAUGAUUUUAUCGGAAGCUUUUGAUGACAUACCGUCUCUAUCAACUUCCGAACCUGACAUCACGUCAAUUUCAGUCGGAUUAUCAGAAGGAGAUGUACGACUUAUCAGAUCAAUAGAAUGGCUUACUAUGAUGCCUGAAACGUUGGGAGAGGCAUUAAUAAAAGCAAAUGACGUAGCGAGGUAUUUCUUAGCACUGGGCAAAGCCAACGCUGCUCAAUCACUCUUACGCACUCUCCCACCUUCAUUACUCGAAUUGCUUUCAUCCACAACGGAAGAUCCAGAAUGUCAUGUAUUGGAACAUCAAUCAUAUCUUCGAUUAUUCGGUAUAUUCGCUACCUAUGACCUAGUAUCAGAUAUGGAGAAUAGAAGACCAAAAGAUACAGCCACCAAAUUAGAAAAACAUAACUACCAAAAGUCACUGUUAGGAGCCAUAGAAAGAGUCUGGGAGAAAACGAAAGAGCUGAUUGAGGACGAUGAUCAAGAUGGUUGGCUGAGGUUCAGAGUUAGUAGAAAGGUUGAAAAUGGCCAACAACGCAAAUCAGAAUUAUCAUUGAUCCGACACACUUUCAUACCAGAUUUGAUCCUUCAGUUACACCAAUUAUUGAUCACACAAUCAAACACGUUUCCUGAAUUAGUUGAUAAAGCAUUAGAACUUAUCACUAUCGUGGCAGAAGAAGACAAUCACGUGUACGAAGAAUUCCUACCUCGUCGAACAUCAGGUGAAGGCAAAUUGAGUAUCUAUCUUGAGAAAAUAAGAGAAGUCGGAAUGAUCUCAUUGAGAAUGGGUAAAGGUGGUCUGUACGGGGUGAGGCUGUAA